AUGAGCUUUCACUCCAACUGCCGAUUUAUCAACAUUGCUGCCAAGUGGCCAGGGUCCAACCAUGAUUCUUUUAUUUUUCGAGAAUCAAAUAUUGGAACAUAUUUCGAAGCGCAUCAUAAAGGGAUUGAUGUGGAUGGACUACUGAUUGGUGACAGUGGAUAUGCAUGCAGCAAAUAUCUGGUGACUCCCUUUCUACGACCCACGACUGAGUCUCAGAUGAAAUACAAUGAUGCACAUACACACACAGGGGCAGUGAUUGAGCGAAGUUUCGGGUGGCUGAAGCGACGAUUUAUGGUCCUUCAUGGAGAAAUUAGGUGUAAACCGGAUCGUGCUGCAAAAAUAAUUGUAGCUUGUGCUGUGCUGCACAACAUUGCUUUAGAGAGGAAAGAUUGUAUGGAUGAUUUGGAGUGUGAACAUUCAGAUGAGCCACAUGUUUCAGAUAAUAUUGUAGUGGAACCAAGAAACAACAAUGUCAGACAGUCCAUUGUUCAAAAUUAUUUUUAA